AUGUCUACAGGAACCUGGCAGACGGGGAUGCCUGAAUCCCCUACUAGCUCUCCAGAGCUCCAACCUACAUCUGACCUCCCAGUCGACAAGUUCGGCAAUACAAUCAAAGAUGGCGACAACCUUGAUCUAAACCAGGGCGAGGACGGUAGCGAGGAAUCCGAAUCUGAGCCAGAAGAGGCCCCAAAGAAGUCAAUCCUCAAGAACAAGAAGGGCGCCGAAGCUCCACCAGAACCGCCAAAGCCCGAGCUACCACCUCAACGGGAUCCUACCACAAUAGACUUUACUACUUUGGACCCUCUCCAUCCCGAAAUUAUUGCCCGUCAGGCUACUAUCAACAUUGGUACAAUUGGACACGUCGCUCACGGAAAGUCUACCGUCGUCAAGGCUAUCUCCGGUGUCCAGACUGUCAGAUUUAAGAACGAAUUGGAAAGAAAUAUUACUAUCAAGCUAGGUUAUGCCAAUGCCAAAAUCUACAAGUGUAACAACCCCGCUUGCCCGAGACCUACUUCCUACAAGUCCUUCAAGAGCGACAAAGAAGUCGAUCCGAAAUGUGAACGGCCCGGCUGCGAAGGUUCCUAUCAACUGCUUCGUCAUGUUUCCUUCGUCGACUGCCCUGGUCACGACAUUCUCAUGAGUACCAUGUUGUCUGGUGCCGCCGUCAUGGACGCCGCUCUUCUCCUUAUUGCCGGGAACGAAGUCUGCCCUCAACCCCAGACUUCUGAGCAUUUGGCCGCCAUCGAAAUCAUGAAGUUGAAACACAUCAUCAUUCUCCAGAACAAGGUCGAUCUCAUGAAGGAAGCUCAAGCCGAGGACCAUUACCAAUCGAUCCUCAAAUUCGUUCGAGGAACCGUCGCCGAUGGCGCUCCAAUUAUUCCAAUCUCCGCCCAGCUCAAGUACAACAUCGACGCUAUCAACUACCACAUCGUCUCCAAGAUCCCAGUUCCAGUCCGUGACUUCACUGCCGUCCCACACAUGAUCGUUAUCCGUUCCUUCGACGUCAACAAACCAGGUGCUGAGAUUGAGGAACUCAAGGGUGGUGUCGCUGGUGGUUCCAUCCUUACUGGUGUUCUGAAAGUCGGCGACGAAAUCGAAAUAAGACCCGGUCUCGUCUCUCGUGCUGACGGCAAGAUCAGCUGUACUCCAAUCUAUUCUCGCAUUGUCUCCCUUUACACUGAAAACAACGAUCUCAAAUACGCCGUUCCCGGUGGUCUCAUCGGUGUUGGUACCCGUGUCGACCCCACAAUUUGCCGUGCCGAUCGUCUAGUUGGUUUCGUUCUCGGCCUUCGCGGCCAAUUGCCUAAUAUCUACAUCGAACUCGAAGUCAACUACUUCCUUCUCCGUCGGUUGUUGGGUGUCAAGACUGCUGAUGGAAAGCAGGCUAAGGUUACUAAGUUAGUUAAGGGUGAGGUUUUGAUGGUUAACAUUGGGUCUACAGCUACAGGAGCAAAGGUGAUGAACGUUAAGGCCGACGCCGCCAAGCUCGUUCUUACUGGACCUGCUUGUACCCAAGAUGGAGAGAAGAUUGCGCUGAGCCGAAGAAUCGAUAAGCAUUGGCGUUUGAUUGGUUGGGCUAAUAUCGUCACUGGUGCCACUUUGGACCUCCCACCAGCCCCAGCUGUCCCGGCAUAA